AUGGAGAAAGAGCCUCUUCUUCCAUAUGUAAGCCCAAGAGGGAAACCGCCUCCUCCACCUGCUCAAUUAUGUCCACUCCCUGAAAAUGAUGAAAUUACUCUGCCUAUGACGCCCACGGAGUUCAAAGACCGCUUGAUCUUUGGUCCUUCAUCGUCCCCACAAGACGCUUCUCCUAUAUUCGACGCUUUGACGCUAUCUCUUUCCUCUUCCAGACCCUCUGCUUCAUCUUCUCUUCAGGACCCAUCUACACCUUUGGACCUAAAAUCACAAUCGCAGUCUCAACAGGCGUGGCUUGUGGAUUCCAAUUACACAUGGCCCAAAAGCAACCUCCAUCGCUCCAAAACUGCACCUGCCAUGGCGGUCAUCAACGAUGUCAAUCAUUCGCAGGAACCCAAGCCACAAUUUGGCAAACAAUCUAUUAUCCGCCAAGCUGUUGUUCUUCUAAUUGUUUACUUAUCAUUGGGUGUGUUUAUCUAUUGGUUAAAUCGUGAUAAGUUUUCGGCUCACGAGACUCAUCCUGUGGUCGAUGCAUUGUACUUUUGUAUUGUAACGAUGUGCACUAUUGGGUAUGGAGAUAUUACCCCCAAUAGUACGGCGACGAAGCUGUUCUCAGUAUUGUUUGUGUUGGUGGGAUUUGGGUUUAUUGAUAUAUUGCUCUCUGGAAUGGUCAGUUAUAUGCUUGAUUUGCAGGAGAGUUAUUUGUUAAGGAAUGUAAAGAGGGGGCUGCAGCGUGAAUCCGGGAAAUCCUAUAUAAUUGAUGUGAAGAAGGGAAGAAUGAGGAUUAGAAUGAAGGUGGCAUUGGCCUUGGGUGUUGUGAUACUUUGUAUAGGAGUUGGAAUGAGUGUUAUGCAUUUUGUUGAGAACCUGGGUUGGCUGGAUUCAUUUUAUCUGUCAGUUAUGUCUGUCACAACAGUUGGAUAUGGUGAUCAGGCAUUCAAGUCAAUGACUGGUCGUAUUUUUGCGUCAAUCUGGUUGCUUGUAUCGACCCUUGCUGUUGCUCGGGCAUUUCUUUAUUUAGCAGAGGCAAGAGUAGAUAAGCGGCAUAGGAUGAUGGCAAAAUGGAUACUUGGUCAGGAUAUGACUGUUUCUGAGUUUCUUGCUGCUGAUAUUGACAACAAUGGCUUUGUGAGUAGGUCAGAAUAUGUGAUAUACAAACUGAAGGAGAUGGGUAAGGUAUCAGAGAAAGAUGUCAUGCAGAUAUCUAAUAACUUUGAUAGGCUGGACACUGGCAAAUGUGGGAAGAUUACACUGGCUGAUCUCUUGGAAAGUCAUCACUGACAUGAAAAUACGAUUUCUACAAAGGUUCACUCGGCAUUUGGACUCAGAAGAACUCGAGUUAUGGGCCAUCAUAAAUAGAAAGCAAUUUCACUUCCAAGUUGCAGAUGUAUAAAUGAAAGGCAUACAUCUGGGAUGUGCAAAGGAAGCCCUGAAAGAGAGAGUUUGCAUUUCCUAGAAGAUUUAUUGGUGCUCAAUUCAUCUGAUAAUUCUGUACAAAGUUUUGAUAGCAUAGGAAGUAUUCUUCUAUUGAAACUAAAAGAUAAUUGUUUAAACUUGUUGAACUGUAAUUUGUUUAUUGGUUUAUAUCUUUGUAUGUGAGCAUGGGAUGUUGCUCUUGAAUAUAAAUGUCCAUAGCUGCCAUUUAUCCUUUCCAUC